AUGCCACCGUCUAUAGCUUAUAUUAAUCCAGAAGAACCUUUAUUAAUACCUUGUUAUGCAAAAGCCAAUCCAGAACCAAGGUAUUAUUGGACAUUGAAUGGAAAACAAGCCAACUGGAUUAAGCCAUACAAUACAAUGUUAUCAAAGAAAUUAAUACAUUCCAAUGAUUCAUAUCACUUACAUUCUAUGGAUGAAUCAGGUUUAUGGUAUUUUGGUAUUCAACGAAUAUCAAAUCAUUUGAUAGCUGGAUUAUAUCAAUGUAUUGCUAUUAAUCCAUUUGGUAAAGCUUUAUCAAUUCCAUUGAAAUUAGAAGUGGCAAGAAUUGGUACAUUUCAAGAUCUUAAUCCAAAACUAAUUCAUAUAAAACCGAAUGAAACCAAAAUUUUAAAUUGUUCCGCAACAAAAAGUAUACCAACUGCUAAAAUCCAAUGGAUGAUCAAAGAUGAUGAAGAUGGUUCAAUAAAUUUUAUACAUGAAGAUCGUAAUCAUGUUAUUGAUGAUGAUGGUAAUUUACAUUUAUUCAAUAUAAACUCAUUCACUAAAAGAAAUCUUACCUAUACAUGUGUUAUUAAUCAUUUAAUUCUACAUACUAUGAAAACUGGCCCAGAUAUAAAACUUCUAUUUGAUUCAAAUACCUUAGCAACAAAUGAACAUGUGAAUAAAGAAUUAACUAAAAUUGAAAAGAGAAGUAUCCUUUAUCAUUCAUCUAUACAACAAAUUGUUUUAAUGAAUGAAUCUUUAUCUAUAAAAUGCGUAAUACAUGGUAAUCCUUUACCAAAUAUUCAUUGGGAAUUUAUGACGGCACAUCAGAUUGAUUCAAAUGGAGAUUCGCAUCAAUAUAAAGAUGUUAAAUUGCUUCCAGAAAAGUAUGGAAUCAAAUUAAAAAAUCAUGGAAUGGAAUUAUACAUUCCAACAGUUCAAAUGAUUAAUCAUGGUAGUUAUCGAUGUAGUACAAUUAAUAUGGAUUAUAUGAUCUCAACAUAUGAUCUACAUGUUAUAUUCAAUGUAACUGUUGAAAGUAAACCCCAUUUUGCUGAAUAUCCUAAAAAUACUAUUUUACCAGAGAAUAGUAGUAUAGUACUACAUUGUAGUAUCAAUGAAGAAAUUACAAAACCAUUAGCAACAUUAAAUUGGUUAAUGAAUGGUGAACCGAUUGAGAAAUACUUAAAUGGUUUACGUAAAAUUGGUCGAAAUAAUGCUUUAUAUUUAUACAAUUUAACUGUUCAUGAUUCAGCAGUUUAUCAAUGUAUUCUUCAUAAUAUCCAUGGUAUUAAUAUUAUCAAUGCAUAUAUUCAUAUAUGGAAUCAACCACCAGCAUUUAUUAAUGUGAUCCAUGGUAUACAAUAUAUGAUUGAAGGUCAACAAUUGAUAUUACCAUGUGAAACAUUUGGUUCACCUCAUGCAAUAAUUCAUUGGUAUCAUAAUAAUAAACAAUUAAAUACAAUUGAUCAUAUUAUGAAAGAUGAUUACAUCAUAGAAACGAAUGGUAAUCUUCAUAUUUUUCAUGCUAAAUUAUCACAUAGUGGUACAUAUAUAUGUAAAGCAUCAAAUAUAUUUGGUAUAUCUCAAUCAAAAGGGAAAUUAUUCAUUAGAAAACGGACCCGUAUUAUAUCUGGUCCAUUAAUUGAACAAACUAUCAAUACAAAUACUACUUAUAAUACUACUUAUAAUAAUAAGAGAAUAAAUAUGAAGUAUCUUAUAGAAGGAUCUAAAAUUCAUUUAACCUGUAAAGUUGAAACGGAUCCAAUACAUGAAAAUCAAUUGACAAUCAUAUGGAAAAAAAUAGAAUUAACUGAAUUAAUCACAUCAAAGGUUACUUUACAAGCUGAAAACUAUUUAGGUUCAUCUGGUACUAAACCAUUAAUAUUUACUGGUCGUUCAGGUGAAGAUAUACCACAAUUAAUACCAAUUCAAUUAAGAGUUCUAUAUAUUGGUUCAAAUCAUUUAUUACUCAGUUGGAAAAUGAUCAAAGAUUCUAAUUUCUUAUUAAAAAUCAAUGGUAUAUUUCAAGGAUUUCGAAUUGAAUGGUGUAAUGCUGAUUUAUCAAAUGAUUCAUGUGAAUUUUAUAAAAAAGUUCAGGAUUAUAUUCUUGAACAACCUCCAUCUUGGUCAUUUCCAAAUCUACGUCGAAUGUCAUCUAUAACAUUGAUAGAUAAUGAACUAAUGAAUAGAGAUAUUAUUCAUAAUAAUAAUAAUAAUAAUAAUAAUAAUAAUAAUAAUAAUAAUGUAAUCAAUACUAAAAGUAUCCCAAUAACUAGGUCAUCUACAUUAGAACAUUUACAUACAAUGAAAAAUUCAAGUAUUCAAUAUGACAAUGAUUAUUAUAAAGUUUAUUUAAAUGAAUUACCGGGUAAAACAAAAUUAAAAAUAUGGGUUCGUAUACUUAAUAUACAAUAUGCUGGACCAGAAAGUGAUGCAAUCAUUGUAGAAACUGAAGAAGGUGUACCAGAGAAAGUAUCUGAAUUAACUAUUACAUUUAUUGGUGUUAAUCAUAUUGAAGUAUCAUGGAUUAAGCCAAUGAUUUUAAAUGGAAAUUUAAUUUCAUAUGAUUUAGAAAUAUACUUAAAUAAUUUAACUGAUACAAUUGAAAGAAUUUCAAAGAAAACUUCUCAAAUGAUCUCUUCUAUAACAAUUGAAGAUCCAGAACAAUGUGCAACACGUAUAUCAGGUUUAAAAAUGAAUACUAAUUAUUCAUUAUAUAUAUGGGCUAAAACAGCUGUUGGACGUGGUGAAUCAACUUUUGUAAAUUUUCGUACAGCAACUCUUAGUCAUGAAUAUGGUUAUAUCCCUUUUACAAUCACUUCCGUCCAAGGUCGUGUGAAUGCAUUAAAUUUAACAUUGAUUACACCAUUAUCUUCAUCAAUCUAUGAUUUAAAUCAAUCAGAGUUGAUUAAUGAUAGUACAGAUUCUUCUGUUACAACAACUACUACUUCUUCAUCUUCGCCUUCUUCAUCGUCGUCUUUGUCUUCGUCUUCAACAAUUCCAUUCAUAACUGAACAAGAUACGAACAACAACUUUAAGAUAAAUAAUAAUCAAAAAAUUGAAAAAUUUAAUCAUCCAUUUAUGUUUUAUGUACAAUUUCGUCAAUUAGAUACAGAGAUAUGGGAAGAAACUCAAAGACAAUUACAUAAUUCAUGGAUUGUAUUAAGUAAUUUAAAUAAAGAUUCACAAUAUGAAAUUAGAAUUGUAUAUAUUACUCAUAAUGGUCAAUCAAUUGUAAGUAGUUCAAAAAUAAUUCAUAUUCCAUUAAUCAAUAAUCAAACAUCAAUUAUCAAUAAUCAAUGGAGAUUAUUAUCAAAACAUAAUCAAUAUUUAAUUACUGUAAUUAUAUUAUGUUGUUUAUUUUUAUUGAUUAGUUUAAUAAGUAGUAUGAGUUUAUUGAUUUAUUGGUUAAAACAAAAAUUUACAAAAAAAUUAAUUACAACUACAAAACAGAAUUAUUUACAAACAUUUCAUUGUAAACAAUCAUUACAAUAUGAAUUACCUAUUGAACAACAAUCACCAAGGCAACAACAAUCACCACAGCAACUACAACAACAAUCUAUGGCAUCAUAUCCAAAUCAUAUAGAUUAUAUCAUUGAUCCUAUGACAAUGAUGAUGAUGACAACGUCGACGUCGGCGACGACGAUGAGGAUGAUGAAUAAUAAUAAUAAUAAUCCAUUAGAUUCUUCAUGUAUAUGUCAAUCAAAUGAGAUCUAUCAUGAUCAUGAUCAUUAUGAUUGUAAUAGUAUAACAACUAAUAAUCAUUCUAUUCCUCCUUUAUUACAUAAUUCAUUUAUAACAACUUGUAAUUCACCAUUUAUAACAUUUUUAAAAUUACCACAAUCUCAAACUAGUUCAUUUACAGAAGAGAAUUUCUAUAAUCCAUUAAUCAAUAUUGAUACUGCUACUACUACUUAUACUACUAAUACUAAUUAUACUACUACUAAUACUACUGAUAAUAAGAAUAAUCAAAGUAAUCAACAUACAUAUAUAAGUAGUUUAUUAAGUAGAGUAUAA